AUGUUUGAAAUGACAAAGAACCAAGACAAAACAUCCGAAAAACUCCACCGCCUCCAACAUCAGCUCACUAACCUCUCCACCAACAGGCCCAACAAUCAAGUAGCUGCCGAAGGAAGAGCUGCCGUAAUCGCAGCCGCCGCCAUCGCCGCCGCCAUCGCCGCCGCCACUACCACCGCCGCCCCCACCACUCCCGCCAGCAACCCCAACCACGCUCAACAACCAAGAGGGAAAGCAAAAGAAACACCGACCCCAGCUGCACCGAGAUCCUACGCAUCCAUCGCAGCAGGAAACAACAACCCCGAAUUCACGACAGUCACAAAUAAGAGGAAAACCAAGCCCAAAGUAGACCCUCUCUUCAAACCUGAAAUCAUCAGACUCAACCGGAAAAUCACCCCAACUCCCAACUAA